AUGCCCCCUUGGGGAAGACCACCAGGGGCAGCGGGGAGUGUGGGGAGGUACAUGGAGGGGAUGGAGGAUGUGCAUAGAUAUCAAGAAUUUGAUAGUGAAGAUGAAAAGUACGGCGCUUUCGUCGGUUCCGGCUUCCAUAAGAUCUCACCCGGGAGAUCAUCUAAUCCAGACGAACUUUAUUUCAGUGACAUGGACUUAAGAGCUUGGGAACAGAGAAACGGGCACGUGUAUGAAGACGACUAUACCUAUCAAGAGGAUGAGGAUGCGUUCGAUGAAGCCGGCCUUGUCUCAAUGUCUCUAGCCGAAUACGAAGAGAAUGUCUUCCAAGGUAUUCUAGAGAAGGUUCGACAAGCAAGAAAGUCUGGUCAGGCUGAUGUACAGAUGACCCAAGAAGAGCUUGAGAUUUACCAGUCGAAGAUUAUGCGUCCGAAGAACCCCACAGAACGCCCACAGCCGGCUGCGGAGGUACCAGCAAACGCUACCAACUAUGCAGGAAUGAGUACAUCUGCCGAUCUGCCCAAUCAUUCCAAUGACAGCUCAGGGUUAGCAAGUGUGCGUUCCUCUUCAAAACCAAAACAGCGUGCUUCACUUUUUGCCCCUCGGCCGAAGAAGGAGAAGCCCAGCGCCCGAAAGCGGUCGACUUCGAAUGCAACUUCUGCUGCAUCAGUUCCAAACGUAGCAGGACCCCCUGCGCCAGCACCUGGCUUCGUUGUGCCAGGACCUGGAGGACAACAAGUGUAUGCUCCAAUCAAUUCCUACACUGGACGCAGGGCACAAAAAUCGGUUGCGCCGUUAGGUGGUGUUUCGUCCCACACAGCUUCUCGCUCUUCCGUGAAACCCGCUCCACAGCCUCGCACUCCCACAACUCCGACAUUCUCUUCCAGGUUCACUCCUUCACGAGAGAUGCCUGGUACGUUUCCUAGCUCCCCACAGAGAAAUACCCACACACCAACCUCUACUGUGCAAUCUGCCCGAGACCAGGUAGUGCCGCCUUCUUACCAGCAAUAUCCUGCUUCAGAUGGCCCUCGGCAGAAUGUACCAGUAAAAGCUCAAGAUCAAUCGUCAUCAGCACCUGAUCCUGUCAAACUCGUGCCUUUUCCUGUGACUCAAUACCAACACCAAAGCACGCAGCCUUACAAGUACCAUGUUCCUGGUCAACCUAUUUCCCCUCAACAAACAGCGCAACCUACGGCAGCCCAAGUUCAAUACGCUCGCCGUGUUGUUGCAGGUACUGGCGAAACAUACAACAAUGGCAUGCCACGCCGUGUUCCGGUUCCGACUCAGGGCAUGAGUAGAUCGUCGCCAGGUUUUGCAGGAAGCCAAUCUGAUCCUGCAAUCGCAUACCAAGGCUCGGGUACAAGGCCACAAUUGAGCGAAAGCGAUGACGAGGUUGAUGUGGUUCCGAAGCCCGAUUCAAGCAGUCAUAAAGGUCGAGCAACGAGGAUCGAUGGCAAGCCUGGACACACCGGUGGCAGUAGCAGGGAUGAAGAACGCAGAAAGAAGUCCAGUCGAACUAAAAGAAAAGGUUGA